AUGGACUUUGUUUCUGGACUUCCACGCACUAAAAGAAAUCAUGAUGCAAUUUGGGUUAUAGUUGAUAGACUAACCAAGAGUGCUCAUUUCUUGGCCAUCAGAGUAGACUACCCACUCGAAUGUUUAGCAGAAUUGAACGUUAAUGAGAUUGUGAGGCUGCAUGGAGUUCCUGUUUCCAUUAUUAUGAGAUUUGGCCAAAAAGGAAAACUUAGUCCUCGAUUUAUUGGACCAUACGAAGUACUUGAGAGAGUUGGCCGAGUUGCAUCUAAACUAUCUCUUCCACAUGAGUUAGAUAAGAUCCACAAUGUCUUUCAUGUUUCUAUGCUUAGAAGAUAUCACUCAGAUCCAUCUCAUGUUCUUCCUGUUGAAUCCAUUGAGGUCACCCCUGACUUGACAUACGAAGAGGAACCUGUCCAACUCUUGGCGCAUGAGACAAAAGAGCUUGGAAACAAGGAAAUCCCAUUAGAAAGAGUCCUUUGGAGAAAUCAUUCUAGCAAAGACGCUACUUGGGAGCGAGAAGAGGAUAUGCGAAUUGAAUAUCCCCAUUUGUUUCGAGACUAG